AUGGACGCGGAGCCGCAGCCGGACAGCCUGGACGGCUGGGUGGCGGUCAAGGAGGACGCCUUCGGCCGGCCGGAGCCGCCCCACAAGCUGCGCUUCCUGGCCGCCUGGAACGGCGUGGAGGGCAAGUUCGCCGUCACCUGCCACAACCGCACCUUGCAGGAGGCGGAGGCGGAGGGGGAAGGCGCCGGGGUCCAGGCGCGGAGGAGCUGGGCCGGCCUCUUCUCCCCCCCGGCCCUGCUGGGCGUCCACCGGCAGCUGGCGGCCCUGGACGGGCGGCUGGAGCCCUGCUUCCCGGCGCUGCCCCCGGCGCUGGGCGGGGGCGGCGGCCUCUGGGCCUUGCUGUUCCCCCACUGCCCGGUGCUGGAGGAGGCCGAGCUGGAGGCGCUGUGCCGGCGGCUGGAGGCCUACCUGGGCUGGGCGUUGGAGCUGUGCGGCCGCAAGGCGCUGCUGGACACCCUCUUCGCCCAGGACCAGGGCGAGGAGGACGAGUACUUCGAGAACCUGCAGGAGUUCCGCAGGAAGGCGCUCAAGGCGCAGCUGGCCGCCGCCAAGGAGGCCUUGCGGAGGGUCCUCCAUCAGCACAAGGAUACCGACACCUUGGUCGCCUUAAUGGAAGUUUACGAGGAGGAAGACGAAACGUAUUGGGAGCUGGUUACCGCAGCGACCACGUUCUACCAAUAUUUGUUGCAGCCGUUCAGAGACAUGCGAGAACUGGCGACGUUAUACAAAUUGGAGAUCCUGAAAUCCUUGCAAGCGGACCGGCUGGGCCCGAAAAGGAUAGAAGCCUUGCAGAAGGAGGCAGAGGAGUGGACCACGCAGGUGGAAGAAGCCGUGUGCUCCAUCCAAGACAUCACGGUCAGCUACUUCAAGGAAACGGUGAUGGCGUUGGCAGCGAUGAAGAAACAGAUGGAGCAAGACCACCAACGGUUUGGCCAAGCCGCCUGGGCGUCGGCUUCUCCGAGGCUAGAAAACCUCAAGUACCUUUUAGCCAAAGAGACCCUUCAGCACAUGAGAGCCAGAGAACUGUGCCUCAACCACAAGAGAGCCGACAUCCGGAAGCAAAUGGAGGCCUUUGAAGAGCAAGAGAACGACCUGGCUCGACUGGAAGAGCUGGAAAUCGAAUAUUACGAAACCCAGCUGGAGCUGUACGAGGUGCAGUUUGAGAUCCUGAAGGACGAAGAAACGCUGCUCGUCACGCAGUUGGAAACGCUGAGGCGACGAAUGAAAGAAAUUCAGGAUGAAGUAAUUUAUUACGAUACGUGUGAAAACCCCGACGAGCUGAAGGCCUCUGAACCAGCGCUGGAAGAAAGCCGCACCCCUUCCUCCGAAAUGGCUCAGCUGCGGCAGAAGACCCAGCAGCUGGAGACGAAGCGGGGGAUUAUCUGUUCAAGGAGAGCCUAUUUCAGGAACAAAAAGGACCAGUGUGAAGAGAGCCACCACCUGAGGAUCCAGCAAGCGCAAGAGACCACACGGCAUUUCCAGCAGCACCACAACAUCCAGAUUAAAAGAGACAAAAAGAAAGACGAGGAGAAAAAGAAGAAAGCCUGGAUAAAGCAGGAGCGUCAGAAAACCCUGGAGAGGCUAAAAACCUUCAAAGAGAAAUGCCCUGCUCAGUUUGUGCUGAAGACUUCCCGCUCGCAGCCGCUGAGCUCCACGCAGCGGCAGGGCGUCCCCCGCCGGACCCCGGCCACCCCCCCUCAGCCUCUGUCAAGAAGCAAGGGGCCCGCGAAGCAGAACCCUCCCCUCACGCAAGCCAAAGGGGCCAGAGCGCCCCGCCGGAAGCCGCCCACGGACGUUCCCGUCCAGAUUUUCCUUCCGCCUUGUGACCCAAAGCAACAGAAGGACAGUGAGGGGGGAGCCGCUCUCCCAUCACCACCACCACCUCCUCCACCACCACCACCUCUUCCCCCUCUGCUUCUGGGCACUCGUCCCGUUUGCUCAAAGUUGAUGCCAGCUAGAGACGUGUCCCCUCCCCUGGAGCGUGAAGACCCUCCCGGUGGAAGUGCCUCCAGAGAGGACACGCGGAAUACGUCCAAGUGCGCAGCGAGUAAUUACACAGGUUCCAUGGAUGAGGUUUUGGCUUCGCUCAAGCGGGGCGAGAUCCUUCUCCGUAAAGUGGAACCGGCCUCUUCGGCUCCACCCUCCGGCUCAACUCUCAACGACAACAUCCUGGCAGCCAUCAGGAAGGGGGUGAAGCUGCGGAGAGUCACCCAGGAGCCCAAGAAAGAUGGCGAGAGGAGCUCUGACAGCGAGCUGGAGAAAAGCAUCAAGGCCGCCAUCCAGAGAAUUAAGAAAGUGUCUGCCGAUUCAGAGGAGGAGGAAUGCAGUGAGCAGAAUAGUGGGGAAUGGAACAGCUAACAGGGU